AUGGAGACAAACUUGGAACGUCAACAUCAACAUCCAGUGUAUGAUGAUAUUGAAAAGGAUAAGGAUAUUUCAAUUGCACCAUCAACAUCAGAGUUAAUAUUUAAAUUACCCGAAAAUUAA